UCCCAAAACCAGAGGGAAACAUUGAAAACCCAGAAAAAAUGAGUUAAACAAGAAGAGGCUGCAAUGUAUCAGAGGAUUAAUAUAUUAUUUAUGGGUAGGAGAAAUGAUGAUGAUCAUGAUGAUGAAUAGCUGCUGCACUACUGGUACUAGUGCUACUACAUUCACUGCGCUCCUUGCAGCAACAACCACCACCACCAGCUGCUGCCUUCGCCGCCGCGAAAGCAAAACUACUACUGCUGCUAAUAGUAAAUCUAUAUUUUUCAUCUCCAAGUACUCCAAGCCUUUUAGUACUGCGUCUUCCUCCCAAGAUUCACACCAUGUCCACCACCCUUUUUUACUGCGCGUAACAAAUGAUCAGGGUGGGACUGAAUUGUCCUCCUCCUCUGACUCUGAUAAAGAAUAUCUAAGAUCAGAGGCUGAUAGAAUUGUGGAUGGCUUGAACUUUGGGGAGCUUUGCGACGAGUUUGAGUGCAUUAGCAGCCCCUUGGUGGAGGCCACUGCUCGACAGCUUGUCCGAGACAUCCUUGAGCUUCGGGAAGGCAAUCGCGCCCUUGGAACCUUUGCUCUUUCGGUUCAAUACAAGGACCCCGUCAGAAGUUUUAGUGGUCGUGACAAGUACAAGAGACCACUAUGGAUAACCACUGCACUAGAGAAGCCUUCUGUGAGUGUUCAAGACAUGAGCAUGUUAUCGACCAGUGUGCUUAGUAUAAAAUGGACAAUCAAAGGCAAGCCCAAGAACAUACUAGGAGGAGAUUUGAUUCUAAAAAUCAACUCCCAAUUCACUCUGAAUCAGAUCAGUGGCCAAGUGACUCGACAUGAAGAGUUUUGGGAUUUAUCAGCUUCUUCAUUCAUUUCGCAAGCCUAUUUCUGGACCUCGCGUCGUCUGUUUGCAACAAUUGAGGGUGGAAAAGACUUGACUGAUGCAGUUAAAAGUCUUUCCAGCCGCUUCCCAACAGAAAAACAGAACAUGGACAUUUUUCCAGACCCUUAUGGUGAUCCAACUAAGUUCUUUCAAAGGGACGACGGUUUCCAAAGAGAUGUGUAUCAAAUUGCUCUGUUCCUGGCACUUGUUUAUUUUGUUGUACAACUUUUGAGAACAACCUUAUAAGUAUUACUUGUUCUAUAUAUCAAUCUUCUUGUAUAAAUACUGUAUCAUAAUCAGCAAUAUAUCACAUCUGAGAUCGAAAUCAAAGUA